GAAUUUUCGACGAUAAAAGGAGAAUAUUCGGAAUAUUCUACAGAAGAUGAAAAAAGUGAAUAUGAUGAUGAUAAAAUAAAAUAUUCGGAAGAAAAUAAAAAAUCCAUCAAAGAAUCCAAUCUUUGUCCAUUUGUAAGUAAUAUAAUUGUCUCCAAAUUAUAUAAAAAAAAAAAAAAAAAUUAAAUUAAUAUAUUUUGAGAUAAUUUUAAUUAUAUACUUAUUUUCAGGAAUUAUUAUGGAGUUUCGGAUUAAAUUCAGACGUACCUCUAAUAAAUUUAACCACGAAAAAUCGUACACUUAUCGCUUAUUCCUGUUCGCAUAUCGUAAUAAUCUACAACUAUGAGACUAAAGAAGCGUUAAAUCUUCAAGGUCAUAAAAAUACGGUGAGAACAUUAUCGACAUCGAUGGAUGGAAAAUGGUUACUGUCUGCAGAUUUUGAGGAGGAUUGCGUGGUUGUUGUUUGGGACACUGAAACUGGAGUCUGUAGAGAUAACUGAAUUUGAUACAAAUAGAAUAAAAGAAAUAGCAUUCAAUGACGAUUGUUCGGAAGAAUUUGUUUUAAUUGCCGAUUAUAAUGUUAUAUUUUUUAAAUGGGAACAAGAGGAAUUGAAAUUUUACAUACCACAAAUUUUGAGCAAGGUACGACGAUACGGGAUCUUCAAUUGCUCUUGUUUUAUACCUAAAACACUACGAGUAUUAACAGCUACAACAUAUGGAUAUAUCGUUGUUUGGGAUAUUUCUACUUACAAAGACAAAACUAAGAGUAGUAUUGGGAUUAAAAACAAGGAAAGAAAAUACAUCAAAAGUGUCAAGUUAGAGAAAAGUAGUAUUCUGGUGAUAUUGCAUAAAAAUGGGAAGAUAGUGACAGGAUCCUUAAAUGGACGCAUCAGUUUCUAUGAUCAAGAUUUAAGAAUCCUCUAUUGGUGUGAACAUGAACUUUUGGAUAGUAUACGAUCGAUAAGUUUCGAUUUUUCAUCUUCAUUAUUGGCUCCUGUAAAUGAAACUGAUUUUGAAUUCGAUGAUGAAGAGUCCGAAGAAAAAGAAGAAAUGGGAGAUUUUUAUUCGGAAAUCACAUUAAAUGUCCCUACUUGCAAUAAGAAAAAAAAAGAAUUAACAGAAAAUUUAAAAUCGAAAUAUUGUGAAAUUAUCGAUAAAAUUCCAUCGACAUUGACUAUGAACUUGGAAAUAUUACCCAAGAAAUAUUAUGAUAAACCUCCAAAAAAACGUAUGGUACCUACCGAAGCCACUGUACGAGGUGCUCCUUUCUAUUUCAAUAAUUUCUUUAUCAGUUGUUUGAGUGGAACAGUUGCAUUAAUAAAAAUUCCAACAUUCAAGUGCCGAUUUAUUUUUCGAUAUACAAAAGUUGCGAUCUUAAGCUUUGACGCACAUCCUCGAAGGUAUUUAUAAGAAAUUUAUAUAAUUCAACG